GAGUGCUUUUCACGUACGCGGCUUCUUCUCGAGCAGAAAUGCCUCAUCGAUGUGCUGCUGUAAGCUGUACGAACUCUAGCAAGAAAGCACCGAAGAAACGUUUCUUCAGAUUCCCUGCGGGCAAUCUUCACGCAGCAAAAAGGAAGAAAUGGGUGCAAGCGAUGCGACGUGUAAACGAAGACGGAUCUCCAUGGGAGCCGACAGCCAACUCACGCGUAUGCAGCGACCACUUCGUCACAGGGGCGCCGCCGCGCGUUAUUCACCAUCCGGAUUAUGUGCCGUCGGUCUUUAAACACAAGUGUUCGACCAGCACUGGAGCACUGGAACGCUUUGAAAGAUUAAGAAAGAGGCAAGGUCAUGCCAAGGCUCAGCGGACAAGCCAUGUUUCAAGCACCAAAGCACCUGGCGUACAACACUCGCAGCAUGCUGAUGCAGUGACUGUGGGCAGGGAAGAGGUGCCGGCAGGACCAGAAAGUGAAGUGGCCUCCUCCAGCAGCUUGCCCAGAGAUGACGGAGCUCAGGAUGCUACCAUCUUGCCAGACCAAUAAUCACCUGCUAGAACGAAUACAGCAGCUUGAGGGUUUCCUAAAGGAUGAAAGGCAGAAGAGCUCUGACCUGGAGUCAAACCUCACAAGAAGCACGGCGAAUGCGGAGUACUGGAAGAUGCGCUUCCGUGAAUUGAAAUCUGCAAGGCUGUGCCUGGAGAAUAUGAAAUGUACUGAAGACAUGCUGUAUUACACAGGCAUCCCCUCUCAAGCGGUUUUCAAGCACAUUCUGGGCUUAGUGUUGAAACAAAGUCCACGGCUUUUAAGAAGUGAGGAGAGAGGGGCACACAGUGUCGAGGACCAGAUGUUCAUGGUUCUGGUGCGCUUGCGCACAGGAAUGCAGAUGAAGGAGAUCUCACGGAACUUUUCGAUUUCCAUGGCCACCUUUAGCCGUAUCUUCUCGAAGUGGGUCCUGGCACUGAGAAAGGCACUUGUUGCAGUGACUAGGUUCCCAAGCCUUGCUGAAGUCCAACAACAUCUCCCGCCUCAUUUCAGGAAGUGUCCAAACACUCGUAUUAUCAUUGAUGGUACAGAAGUUCGUAUCCAGAAGCCUUCCGGCCUUAAUGCCCAAAAACAGACAUUUUCGAACUACAAGUACACAAAUACAAUGAAGUGUCUUGUAGGAGCAACCCCAGAUUGUUACGUAAGCUUUGUCUCCGCACUAUACGGCGGAGGUACGAGUGACAGGGCCAUUGUGCAGCAGUCAGCAUUACUUGAUCUCCUGGAGCCUGGCGAUGCAGUUAUGGCCGAUAAGGGGUUUAAAGUUGAUGACCUGCUUCCCCCAGGUGUUACCCUCCAUAUGCCCCCAUUUCGCAUUGCUGGUGAGGCUCAAAUGAGUGCUAAAGAUGUCGAAGCAACGAAACAUGUUGCGAGUGCGAGAGUGCACAUUGAGAGAGUGAUUAGAAGAAUUAAAGAGUUCCACAUCCUAGACAGACCUUUCCCCAUUAACAUGUUUGACCUGGCAGAUGCAGUGUUUACAACAUGUGCUCUUCUGUCGAACUUCAGGCUACCACUUAUAAGUAACAGACAGGACACAGAGCAGGCAGAUUCAGACUAGCAUCAGUGCUGUGGCAAAACUUUGAAUGAAUUGUGGUUUGCAGCAUGAGCUUCAUUUAUUUCAAUUUUCUCAGUUUAAACCUGAAUGCCCCAUCCUGUUCAGUAACAAAAUAAAACCCAUCCUUGUACUUCUGAAACGACACGUAUCCGGGCCCUGUAGUGUACAAAAAACCCAGUCGUCGAAUGUGGCGGGUUAGCAGUUCUGGGAUCACAGCAAACCUGUAGAAAUACAGCAGUCCCUCACACAUCUCCUUCCAAAAGUCUUUGUCAAAAUAAAUUCUCUCCACUGACAAACAAUGGUGUAGCUCUGGGUGAUUGGUGCAGAUAACGAAAUUGCACCAUGGCUUUCCGGUCACUCCAAGCUGGCCCUGCACUUGGUAAUAGUAUGCGUGGCUUCGCUUCAGACACACGUUUCCAUUAGCAAGUUCUGCACAGAAUGCUUUGUCAGUACACGCAUGCUGCACUGUUUGUCCAGCUUUUGAAGCGGGACACUUGACCUUCAGCAGUCCAACCUCGUUGCCAUCCUUUACGAGUCGGUCUGGAGAUGCACCGAGGAAGGGGUGUACUUCGUGCACAUGCAGUCCUGUCUUGGUGACCUCUAUGUCUUUGUCAUACAGUUGCAUCAGGUGGACAUAUUUGGUGACAGCAACAUCCUCAUUUUGGAGACCGUACAGUCUUGGGUCACCCGGUCUCAGCACUUCUUGUCUUUUUGGAUAUAAAAUGCUGCUUAGGAGUCCGUCUGGCUUCCUACAGCACACAAUGGUCUUGAACAUUGAUGCUGUCAGUCGUCCAGUUCUCACUGCGGUCCAUGCUAGGUUCUCGUUUUGGCCAAGUGUCUUUUUACACAGUGAAUCUCUUUCAAUAGACGUCAGUGGUACAAUCUUCUCAAAGUGUUCUCUAAAUAUGGAGGAGCACCUCUCUGAAUGCAGAUCUUCAGUGUCGGGAAUGAUGCUUGUGUUACAUGGUGGAGUAGACCGGCUUUUGCUAUAUCUGUUAUAUACAGGUGCGGGUCAUCUCGGGCAAUGUUCUUGGAAAACUCUUCAAUGUCCGAGUGUGUCAGUGACGGGAUGGUGGCUGGCAGCUGACGCUUUGGUUUUGCUGGUACCACCUUGUUGACGACGUGCUUUUUAAAUGUGAUGUCCUGCAGUGGCUGCAUUGGUAGAUUGUUCUGUCCUGGAAAUCAGAAAAUGCAUUUGUAAUAUUUGUAAGAGAAAGGGCACAGUCACGUUUGAAACUUCUGUGUUCAGAAUGAGUCUGUGUAUGUACUGAAGCGAAAGGAUAGUAUACACACAGGCAGGCCAGUGGAGGAAACCCAUUAUGGGAAAAUCCUGACUCUGGGCAUCACCGUAUAAACACAUGUUGCGUGUACGGUGCUGUGCAGACUCGGGCUUUUCCCACCAUGGAAUACACUAUACCGUUCCUCAUAGGGUUGUAAAACUGGCUACAAUAUCAAGAUAAGGUGAUAAAUGCCCUGAUAGAGCUUGACAUGAAACUUGUUGACGUGAAUCAAUAAAGA